AUGAAUCGCAUCAUCAAGUACGGAAGUGUUGAGGCCAUUCCAUACUACAAUUGUAGUGCUAAAACCUCUGAGGAAUGGUUUGCAACUGGUCUCCAACGUCCUCUCUUCGGAUGGACUAUCUUAAUUUUUGGUAUUCUCAUCGAGUUGUUUUACAUUCCAACCAUCUAUAUGAUGUUUCGAACAAAGCUAGUUCAUAUGACAUGCUAUAAGUUUAUCGUUUGUCUUGGAGUCACCGACAUGCUUGCCACGUUGACUUGUUCAAUCUUCAGUGGAUGGUUAUUCAUUCAGGGAGCAGUUUACUGUAACUACCCGACUUUCAUCUAUUUGGCUGGUUGCCUGGGAUUGAGUGGCUGGUGCAUGGCAUGUGGAUCCACUCUUCUUCUCGUUAUCAACCGUGUUUUCGAUGUCCUUCAUCGUCCACUCUCUGAAUUCCUUUUUGAUGGAAAACGUGUUUUUCUCUCAAUUGCUCUUAUCUUCAUUUAUGGAACAUUGAUUGCAAUGUUCUCUCCAUCAAUAAUUUUCAAUUCAGUUAUUAUGGCAUGGAUUGCGGACCCUUUGACAAUUGACCCGGAAUAUAAAACUGAUGAGAUUUCUGAAUAUUAUCGAAACCAUGUUCAAUCUACAAACAACUGGAUAUUCGUGUCCGCUACCUGCUCUCUUUAUGCCAUUUAUUGCGUGCUUGUCAACAAAAUGCAACGAGGACAGAAAUCGAAAGCAUCACGUGGAGUAUUCAUUCAAUCAAGUAUCAUUUGUUCCUUCAACACCUUCGCUGCCAUGUCAUACAACGCAAUGAUGUUUAUCCCACCUCCCCCGUGGGUUGUGGUCAUCGGAGAGUUGUGUUGGUCGAUUGUUCAUGGAUGCCCGGCUAUCGUGUAUCUCACAAUGAAUCGAACAAUUCGAAACGAGUUUUUGAAGUUUUUCAAACUCAAAAAAGCCAACAAGAAAGUCACUGAUGUCUCCUCUACUUCCAAUAUGCGUCACACUGGAAUGGCUCCGACCAGCCACUAA